AUGUUACUAAGACUCCGGGGCCCGGAUGGCAUGGUCCGCGUGGCCGUAGAGAAGACUGACACUUUUAAGGAGCUUGGUCGCAAAUUGUUGCCGCAACUACCGUCUACUGUCGAUGCCAGGACCAUUACGCUAUCGAAUGCCCCUACCGGCGGAGACUCAAAGAACCUGGUCGAGAUUGCCGGCGUCAAAAUCGGCCAAAUCGGCCUCAACCAUGGAGAUCUAAUCUUCAUUAACUAUCAGUACGCUGAGGGUCAAUCGAACGGCCAUGCGAACGGAGACGCACCCACAGCCCCGAUAUCGUCAACAAAUCGCUUGAAUGGGAAGCCCAUUCUCCCCGCCGAGGACCUGCCUAUUGACCCGCCACCGCUGCUGUCCCCAUCCGAGAAGAUCAAGAACCCCUGGGAGGUAGUGGUCCAGUCGAAACUGGACGACAGGCUAGAUAAGAAGGAUGGCAAGAUACCGCGGAAGAUGGACAAGAUGUGUCGCCACGGUCCCAAGGGCAUGUGCGAUUAUUGCAUGCCACUCGACCCUUUCAAUGCCAAGUACCUCGAAGAGAAGAAGAUCAAGUACCUGUCAUACCACUCAUACCUAAAGAAGAUUAACUCGGAGAAGAACAAACCUGAGCUCGGCGCAUCUUUCAUUCCUCCCCUAGUAGAGCCUUACUACAGGGUGAAGCGAGACUGUCCUUCAGGUCAUCCGCAGUGGCCAGAAGGUAUCUGCACCAAGUGCCAGCCUAGUGCGAUCACUCUACAGCCGCCAACAUUCCGCAUGGUAGACCACGUUGAAUUCGCCUCGCCAGCCAUUAUCGACAGCUUCAUAGACUCAUGGCGAAGAACUGGAGGCCAAAGAGUCGGCUACAUGUACGGCAAGUAUGCAGAGUAUGAGGUUGUACCUCUCGGUGUCAAGGCAGUGGUGGAGGCGAUUUAUGAGCCACCUCAAGUUGAUGAGGUCGAUGGCGUGACCCUGAAUCCCUGGGAUAACGAAAAGGAAAUCAAUACAGUGGCCAAGCUCUGCGGACUAGAGCAAAUUGGUGUGAUCUGGACCGAUCUGCUAGAUGCUGGCGCCGGUGACGGCUCAGUCAUCUGUAAGCGACAUGCGGACUCUUACUACCUGUCAUCACAAGAAAUUUGCUUCUCCGCGCGACUGCAAGCUCAGCACCCGAAACCAACAAAAUGGAGUGAUACAGGUCGGUUCGGGUCAAACUUCGUAACUUGCAUCAUCACGGGCAACGAGCAGGGCGAAAUCUCAAUCUCAGCUUACCAGAUGUCGAAUGAGGCGGUAGAAAUGGUCCGAGCAGAUAUUGUCGAGCCUUCAGCAGACCCAAAUUCCAUGCUUGUCCGAGACGAGGAAGAAGACGAUGGGUCUGUCAGCCGAACUCGCUACAUACCAGAGGUGUUCUACCGAAAGAUUAACGAGUAUGGCGCUAACGUCCAGGAAAAUGCGAAGCCAGCCUUCCCGGUUGAGUAUCUCUUCGUUACAUUGACCCACGGUUUCCCUGAUGCGCCCAAGCCAGCCUUCACUGACCUUGGAUUCCCGAUCGAGAACCGAGAAUACAUGGGCGAAAGUCAAGAGCAUUCUGAUGCCGCUAAGAUGCUUAAGGUCAACUCUAAACCGGAUUCUGGAGCUCUAGCGGUGUCCAACUUCCAUCUCCUAUGCUUCCUCCAUCAAAUGGGCGUCUUAGGAAAGGAUGAGGAAGGACUGUUGUGUCGUGUGGCGACACAGCACGACCUCGCGGACUCGUUCCAACUUCGGUCAACAACUGGCUGGCAGACGCUGCUGGCGAUCUUGCAAUCGACUGGUGAGAGAACUCCCAAACGUGCCCGAGGUGUUGGAGACGAUGAUACCCCUUCUUCCCUCCCGGGUGCAGAUUCCGAAGAACGUCUUGCUAAGCGCAUUGCUGCCGUUAGGCUGAACCCAUCCAGUUGA